AUGUUGCAGGUUGCUGCUAACUAUGUAGCAAUGGUUCCAUCGGGGCAGAUUUUUGACAGUUCUCUAGAGAAAGGUCUACCCUAUCUGUUCGGAGUUGGGUCUGUCCAGGUGAUCAAGGAACUAGAUGAAGGAAUCUUGAGUAUGAAAGCUGGUGGCAAACGCAGACUCUACAUUCCAGGGCCUUUGGCGUUUCCAAAGGGUCUAGUCUCCGCGUCGGGGAGGCCAAGAGUAGCACCGAACAGUCCAGUGGUAUUUGAUGUGAGAUUCGAGUACAUACCAGGGCUCGAGUCGGAUGAAGAAUGA